ACCCGUUUUGCCGCUGUACCUUGACUUGUGUGAAAUAAAAUUUUCUCUGCUGGUUCCGCUCAGUCGUUCUUUUAUUACCCGUGGGCAAAACCAGUGGUCAUGUUGUGUGUGUAAUUAAUCAUUGAUUUGCGUUGAACAUUUGCUCGUUCACUUUGUAUUCAGCGACUGUGUCUUUAGCAGGAAGUUGACCCCGCCCACGUGCGCAAAAAAAAAAAAAAAAAAAAAAUGCAUGUGAGGCAGACUGCUUCAAAUGGAGAAGUGAAAGUUGCAAAUGACGCGUGACGUCACGUCAAUUUCGGGGGCAGCUUCGAAGGUACGAAUGGCUCGGGGAACUGUGAAAGAAGAAGGAAACGCGGCGCGAGGCACCUGCGAUCGACCACCGCGAGCCUCGGAUAAAGUCGACUGUCUCGUGUCAGGCGUUGCAAUGACAACGUCGGGGCCAAGAUGAACGGCGAGCCGCUGUUGGUGGAGAAGCUGAUCAAGCGGUCGCAGCAGAAGAGGAGGACGUCGCCGCUCAACUACAAGGAGAGGCUGUUUGUCCUGACCACGAGCAGACUGAGCUACUACGACGGCAGGGCGGAGAAAAAGUGCUGCAGGGGCUCCAUCGAGCUGAGUCGCGUUCGAUGCGUGGAGGUGGUCAAGGGUGAGGGCGCGCUUAAUCCCUGCCAGAACAAGUUCCCUUUCCAGGUGGUGCACAAUGACAAGACACUGUACGUGUUUACACCGAGCCACAAAAGCCGGAGCACCUGGGUCCAGCGAAUGAAAGAGGAGAUCCGAGACAACCGGGAGAUCCUGGCCAAGUUCCACCCGCGGUUCUGGUGGGAGGGCGAGUGGCUGUGCUGCGGUCAGGCGGAGAAGCAGGCCCCCGGCUGCGAGCAGUACAACCUGUUUGGGCAUGGCGCGUCCAGGAAACCGCUUCCCCCGAUUCCUACCAAGGAAGCCGCAAACGGGAGGGUAACGCAACUGCAGCCGCUCCCCCCCGAGGCGUGCGACGGGGACCACGCCGCCGACACGGUGGUGGUGGCGCUGUACGACUUCCCGGGCAGAGAGCCGCACGACCUGAGGCUGGUCAAAGGGGGCGAAUACGUCAUCGUGGAGCGUUGCGACAUCAACUGGUACAAAGCGCGCAACCGGGACGGGGUGGAAGGCUUCAUACCGACUAACUACGUCACUGAGAAGAAAUCUGGGAACCUGGCGCAGUUCGCCUGGUACGGCAAACAUGUCAACAGAAACAAGGCGGAGGAGCUGCUGCGCAAGGAGGACAAAGAAGGCACCUUCAUUGUCAGAGAAUCCAGCACCAGGGGAACUUACACCGUGUCGAUCUACACCAAGAACGGACGCGGCAGCGUUAAACAUUACCUCAUCAAGGAGACCAAAGACUCGCCCAAGCAGUUUUACCUGACGGGCAAACACGUGUUCGCUUCCAUCGCUGACCUCAUCGCCUACCAUCAGCACAACGCGGCAGGGCUCGUCGCCAGGUUACGGUACCCCAUCGGGAAACAGGACAGGUCCGCGCCCUCCACAGCUGGCUUCAGCUACAAGAAGUGGGAGAUCAACCUCGGCGACCUGACCUUCAUGAAGGAGCUCGGCAGCGGUCAGGUGGGGGUGGUGCGCCUCGGCAUGUGGAGGGCGCAACACAAAGUCGCCAUCAAGGCCAUCAAACAGGGAGCCAUGUACGAAGAGGACUUCAUCGAGGAGGCCAAGGUCAUGAUGAAGUUGUCCCACCCCAAGCUGGUGCAGCUGUACGGCGUGUGCAGUCAGCAGCGCCCCAUCUACAUCGUCACCGAGUUCAUGGAGCACGGCUGCCUGGUGGACUUCCUGCGCAACCAGCGGGGCGGCUUCAGCGCCGGCUCGCUGCUGAGCAUCUGCCUGGACGUGUGUGAGGGCAUGCGGCACUUGGAGAGCAGCAGCUUCGUUCACAGGGACCUGGGAGCCAGGAACUGCCUGGUGAGCGACUUCCUGGUGGUCAAGGUGUCCGACUUCGGCAUGGCCAGGUACGCCUUGGACGACCAGUACACUUCAUCGUUAGGCUCCAAGUUCCCAGUGAAGUGGUCUCCUCCGGAAGUCUUCAACUUCUGCCGAUACAGCAGCAAGUCCGACGUCUGGUCCUACGGCGUGCUGAUGUGGGAGGUUUUCACGGAAGGCCGGAUGCCAUAUGAGGAGCGGGAGAACCACGAGGUUGUUGCCUUGGUAACGGAGGGUCAUCGCCUGUCCAGGCCAAAACUUGCCACAGUGACCGUCUACGAAAUCAUGCAGCUGUGCUGGCAGGAGAGACCCGAGGACCGUCCGUCCUUCUCUCAGCUCUGCGUCAUGAUCUCUGACAUCCUGGAGGGCGACGUGGCAAAUGCCGUCUGACGGGCCGCCCGCUUCCGCCUUUGUCCACGGCGGUAAGGAGCCCAAGAGGAACUCCCGUCCCUUUUUCAACACUUGCUUCGGGCGGCCCAGUCGACAUGUUGUCAUUUCCACCCACGUUCACGGCCAAAGAAACAGAAUUGGACGUUGUGCAUUUCAAGCGAACCAAACAAAUUUGCCUUAAGGAUAUCUUUGCUAGCUUAAUGCUAACACAACACUGGAAACAUCAUUAACAGGCUGAAGAUUAAAAUCCAUCGUCACGGUGUGAUAACUCUUUAAGCCACGGCUUUUUGAGCACAAAUGGGGGAACAGCACAUGUAGACAGACAUUAUUAUAACAUUCCCUGCAUUUUCUCCCACUGUGAAUUGAAACAUCCAAUUAUUGUGUUUCUAAAGUACAACAGUAUCGAGUGCUAUUUUCCCUGUUAAGGAGUCUGGAGCGACUUGAAUCACGGGGCAAAUAUAUACAUUUGGGCCUU